AUGAGUUCCAUGUUCAAGAAGAAAGGCGGGCUUGCCUUCAAGCCCAAGGCACCGGUCGCGCGACCAAGACCAGGGGCAUCGGCACCAACCACAAAAACCGCACCACCACCUCAACCUACAAUUGAUGACGGCUCGGAGACAUUGCCAGAGACGGCGCCGGAGGUUAUAGAAAAGGAACCAGAUACACACGAAAUCACGCACGGGGUGCCCCAAACCGCGGCUCAAAAACUAGCAAAAGAGCCUGAGAAAGAACUUCCCGUUGAACCAUCAAGGCGAACCACGAGACGGGCAUCCCAAUUAGAGUCCAGCUCACGACCGCAAGUUCCAAAAGAGACACCGGCAGCCAGUGGUACGACCUCAACCACUGUUCCUGUGACGGAGCCACCAAAAGCCGAUACUCCGUCACAAUCGGCACCGAGCGCGCGAACGAGACGUCAAUCAGCCGCCAAACCACCACCAAGAACUUCAAUAGAAACGCCCGAACAAUCUACAUCAUCAGAAGAAGGCAGCACAGCCAGGACUACAGCGCCACCAAGAGAAACACAGAGCUCAUCCGCAACUGCUUCAGAAGAGCCUACCUCCGCCUCUAGAGCAUCCAUCAGAACGAGGGCCAGGAGACCGUCAACAACUGGCGCAGAUGCUACCACAUCUGCACCAGAAGGCGAGCCUUCACGGCCCAAGAAGCGCCAGCGAAAAACAUCCCGUCAACAUGACGGCACUGAAACCCCCGCACCACGAAAGCGCAAGACUAGCACGCCCAAUGCCACCGGAUCACGAUCCAGUUCCCGCCGAGCCCGCUCUCUCACCCCCGAAGACGCAGAGGACCAGGUCGUCGACCUGCAAAAGCUCAAAAUGUCUGACUUAACACGGGACUUGCGAAUCGGCAAGAAAUUCAGUCGCCACGACGAACUGCGCGAGCGCGAGCGCAAAGCGCGUUUAAAAUUAAAACUCGACAAGGACGGCGACACCGCCAGCGAAGCAGGCGUCGACGGCACACAAUCCCCGGCACCAGGCUCAACGAACGACACAACCACCAAAGCCAACAGUAGCACCUCAACACCCUCAACAGCAGCAGCGGCAGCGGCGGCAGCGGCGGCCACAGCUGGCCCUCAAUUCCGCAUCGUCGACGGCCAAAUCAUCGUCGACCAGUCCUCCCUCGUCAUGGACCGGCACGCCCGCGCCGCCGCCGCCCGCGCAAACGAGGACAUGGAGACCAUUGAAGAAAACGACUUCACGCGGCUCAUCACCUCGUCCUCAUUCAUGAACACCUCCAAGCUCAGGGGCCCCAACGUCUGGACGGAUCCCGAAACAGAGCUCUUCUACCGCGGCCUGCGCAUGUUCGGCACAGAGUUCGAAAUGAUUUCCAAAAUGUUCCCCGGCAAACAGCGCCGCCACAUCAAACUCAAAUUCAACCGCGAAGAACGGCACAACCCGAAACUCAUUGACGCCGCGGUCAUGGGUGAGAAGACUAUAAGGAUAGACAUUGACGAAUACCGCGCGUUCACGGGUGCCGAAUUCGAAUCAUUGGAGACGAUUGAGGCGGAGCACCGCAAGAUCGAGGAGACUUACGAGGCGGAGAGGCAGAGGGUGGCGGAUGAACAGGCGGAGAUUAUGAGGAAGAAGAAGGAGGAGCUGUUUGCGGACGAGGACGGCGAAGAUGGCGGGCUCAAGAAGAAAGGCAAGGGCAAGAAGAAGGGCAAGCAGGCGAUUCAGUACGGUUUGAAUGGCGAGCCAAUCACAGGAGAUUGA